CCAAAUCGAACGAUGUCACUGACACUUUAUAUUUCAAAAAUCACAAAUAUAACACAAAAUUGUUAGACAAUCAAAUCGGAUAACGAAGGGAAAGGAAAGCUACCAAAAUGCCGCCAAAAGUGAAGAAGGAGAAGAAGGAUAUAAACAAGGUGACCCAGGUGGACAGGACCUUCUAUGAACUCACCAUCACGGAUCUGAAUCAAAAGUUGGCUCGCCUGCGUUCCCAUUUAACCAGCGUGGAUGAAUCCAAUAUUGUGCUCACCGAAAAACUCAAGGAAGUGGAAUCCGAUGGCGUGGAUGUGGCUGCCCACUUGGAACGCACUUUGGCGGAGAGAAACAAUUCGAUUACGGAACUGGAGGAACGUCUGGUGGAGAUCACCAAAGUGCGGGAAGUGGAAAACCGCAUUGCUCAGGAGAAAAUCGGGGAUUUGGAGGCCAAAUAUAAAGCCAUGCAUGAUCAACUGACUUCUGAAAUAAAACUACUCAAUGGCAAGCUAAAUUCCCUAGAUGAAUUCCGGAUUCAGAGAGAUGUCCUUUUGGCUAAAUUCGAUGAUCAGGAAGCGGAUCUUAAUGAGAGGGAAAAGGAUCACAAGGAGGCUCUAUAUAAUAUGGAACAACGAGCUGUGGUGGAAAAGGAUGCUCUGAAAAAGGAGGUGGAGCAGAAGUUGCUACAAGUUUCAGAGGAUUUUACUCGCUCCAGUGAAAUUCGAAAUGCUGGUUACACUCGUCGCUUGAUUCGUGAAAAUAUUGCUUUGCAAAAGGAGAUUGAUUUACUGGUCAUGUCGCAAAUAAAACUUCAACAAGCCUACACCAAUCAGAAAUCCAAACAUAAGGAAAUGGAGGAGCAAUAUAGUGCCCUCGAUCAGAUCAAGAAUGAGUUGGUUCGCAAUUCUGUAAACAAAAUCAAGAUUAUAGAAGGUCUUACCCGAAACUAUGAGAAACUCAAGGCAAAAUAUGUAGAAGUUUUACGCUAUAAGAAGGCCUAUGAAUCGCAUCUCCAGGCGGAGAAGUGUGAAAAUGUCAAGCAAAAGGAUGCAGCUGGAAAACUACGUAAUUUGGCCAAGAGAAUGGAAAUUGUGGAGCUGGAAAACAAGAGUCUUGGUGUAGUACAUGCCCAACAUGAGAUGGAGAUUAUCCGUUUGAGGGGAAUAAUCCAGGAGAUUAAGUGCACCGUUCGAGAUGCAAUUGUGGCGGAAGCGGCGGCCAAAGCCUUCCCAGAAAGAUUAGAGGAGGCGAAUGUGGAUGAACCGGCGGUUAUUAAGGAAGUUCGAGAGGAAGCCAUAUCCGUUUGCAAACUGAAACGCAGCGAUUUGCUUUCCCAGCUCCUAACAAUAGUGAGUUCCCAUUCGGAGGAGCUGCCAAGGACUCCGUCGAUUGCCUCCAUUGGCAGUGCCACCUCAUCGCUAUACGAACCCGGUAAAAUGGGCUUUAUGCCCACUCGACCCAAAGCCACACCAUUCGAUGCCUUCCGCAGUGAGGUCAUCGAUCAGGAACCGGAUCGCUCACUUCCCGAGGAUCUGCAGAAGGCAAAGAUGCAGGAUCGAUUGCACGGCAGGCAGCACGGCGACGAGAACUCCAUCAUUGAUGUGGAGUUCGGAACCACUCUGUAUGUGUCCUCCUCCCGCGAGGAUGACAUUGUCGAGGUGGAGGAGGAGCCGCUGGAGGAGCCGGAGGGCAGCAGCAGUUCCGUUUCCGUGAAGAAGGCGAGCAGCGAGGGCUCUGUUCCUCCGCCCGGAACUGCUCCACUCGCCCUUUCCGCUUCCUCGAAGGACAUCAAGCCACAGCAGAGCAUCGGUACCAUUGACACCCUCACGGGCACCUCCAAGCUGACUGGCAUCACCGAUGACGACGCCGGAGAGGAGGAGGACGGCGAGGAGGAGGAGGACUUCGAUGUCCAGUUCUUCUACUAGUUUCAUGUUUUCAAAUUCCUCAAAUUCAUGUUUAAUAUCUUGCCUUUGACUUUCGAUGAGAUUCAAAUAAAUAGCUGCAAAGUCAAAUAAAACAA